GCGCCGGGCUGAGGUGGGGCGGGGGGUGGGCCGCGCCGCGCCCCGCGGGGCCAUGACCGAGUACAAGCUGGUGGUGGUGGGCGCCGGCGGCGUCGGCAAGAGCGCGCUCACCAUUCAGCUCAUCCAGAACCACUUCGUGGAUGAGUACGACCCCACCAUCGAGGACUCGUACCGCAAGCAGGUGGUCAUCGAUGGAGAGACGUGCCUGCUGGACAUCCUGGACACGGCGGGGCAGGAGGAGUACAGCGCCAUGCGCGACCAGUACAUGAGGACCGGGGAGGGCUUCCUCUGUGUCUUUGCCAUUAACAACAGCAAAUCCUUUGCUGACAUCAACUUGUACAGAGAACAGAUCAAGAGAGUGAAAGACUCGGAUGAUGUGCCAAUGGUGCUAGUUGGGAACAAGUGUGACCUGCCCACAAGAACAGUAGACACAAAACAGGCUCAAGAGUUAGCAAAGAGCUACGGAAUCCCCUUCAUAGAGACAUCUGCUAAAACCAGACAGGGUGUGGAAGAUGCUUUUUACACACUAGUGAGAGAGAUCCGGCAGUAUCGCAUGAAAAAGCUCAACAGCAAUGAAGAUGGGAACCAAGGCUGUAUGGGAUUGUCCUGCGUUGUGAUGUGAUCAGAUGCCGAGAAUGUGUGGUUCAGAUGUAGCUGCUGGACGAGUCUCAAUGCUACUGUAUUGCGUCUCACGCUGAUGCCCUGCAGUAUUUUGGUGCCAGGGACCAGAAUCUUGGUACCGGUUAAUUAGCACAAGGUCCUUUUCCGUGCUCCAUCUGAAGAGAACAUCUGUGGCACCUACCUCCUUGCUCAGCUAACGGAGCAGUCGCAUCUCUUGGUGUACUGGGAUUCUAUUCUCACUGUGUUACCUGGGUUUGUUCAAGAAGAAAACCAGUCUCAAGAAGAGUGAACUAUAGAGACUAAAUGCUGUGAAAAAAGAUGACACUUUACCUCUAGAGUAAAAGUUAGACAUGAUGUUUGUUCCCUUUCUAUUGGAUUCUGAUUUCCAGUGCUGUCAGAGAGCUGGCACUGAUCGCUGCUUGGCAGGUAACGUCAGAAGUAGGUUUGCACCAUGAGUGUGCCUGUCACGCACCAGGUUGGUAUCUGCUCUUGGUGCACCUGUACAGCGUAUUUGCAACAGCUCCUUUGCGCCAGGAGAACCACUUAACUGAUCCCUCUUUUUCUGUAAUAAAAAGGAGAUAUCUUUCCUAACUGAAGUGCCUGUUUGCUAAGAAGAUUCGAAGUUGGCCCCUGCUGAGGAAACCCCAAGGACUGGAAUUACUUGGGAGCUCAUUGUCUUGAGCAGGCAAGUCUUGUGUGGGUAAUCUCUUUGCCUGACAAGAUAUUGAUGUGGGAAUUUGUGGGCUGGAAGAUCCAGGAGGCACUUGAAAGACUUGAACUAGGGAGGGGGACUUACUGCAUCUGGUUUUUUUUGCUUUCUUUGUAGGUGGAACUAUUUAUAUUGUUUUUCCGCAGCAUUCAGGUCUCUUCCAAGUUGGACCAAAUCAGUCAGCCACUCAUUUUUAACACAAACUGCCAACAUUUGUGGGCAGCUUCUCAAGAGUUGAUCUGGUAACUGGAGGUUGGUUAGUUAGUUUGAAGAGCUGUUACUCAGCCCUGUCUGUAACUAGCAAAUUACUCAAGUUAUUUUCUUACCACCAGACUGUAAACACAGUCUCUUCAAAAUGUCUCUGCGUAAAAGGUAGUUGGAGAGUCUCCAUGUCAGGGAAGGAGUGUGGGUGAUGGAGCACUGGAACCGACUGUUAAGGGGGGUGUGGAGUCAUCUUCUCUGGAGAGAUCCAAACCCACCUGGGUGCAAUCCUGUGCAGCUUGCUGGAGGUGACCCUGCUUUAGCAGGGAGUUGGAGUGGAUGAGCUCCAGAGGCAUCUUCCCACCCGCACUGUUCUGGGAUUCAGUGGGAUUUCAGACUGGCUGUGUUUGGUGCAGUGGUCGUCACGUACUGCAGCAGCUGGAGCCGUGCGUCCGGCCCUGGAAGCCCCCACGUAAGAGGCACAUGGAUCUCUUGGAGUGGGUCCAGAGGAGGCCACGGAGAUGAUCUGAGGGCUGAAGCACCUCCCACACAAGGACAGACUGAGAGAGUUUGGGGUGUUCAGCCUGGAGAAGGCUGCAAGGAGAUGUUAGAGCAGCUUCCAGUCUCGAAAGGGGCUCCAGGAGAUCUGGGGAGGGGCUCUGGAUCAAGGAGUGCAGGGAGACGAGGAGAGGGAAUGGUUUUCAGCUGAAAGAGGGGAGAUUGAGAUGAGAUCUUAGGGAGAAACGUUUUGCUGUGAGGGUGGGGAGGCCCUGGAACAGGUUGCGCAGAGCAGCGGUGGCUGCCCCAUCCCUGGAGGGGUUCCAGGCCAGGUUGGAUGGGGCUUGGAGCAACCUGAUCCAGUGGGAAGUGACCCUGCAGGGGAGUUGGAACUGGAUGGGCUUUGAGGUCCCUUCUGAUGCAAUCCAUUCCCGGUCCAGGCUGAGCGGAGAAGGCAGUGGGCUGUAACAGGGAUCCGAGCAAGCCUCCAAUUGCAGCAUCCUUGCAAAACAAGGAAGGAAGUGAGUUCAGCAAUGACUGUGCAGAAGGUGUGUGAUGUACUGAUGGGAAUUCUGGGCUUGUUCCGACAGCGCCAGAGUACGAGAGAAUUACCACAUAGGCUGUGUGAGUUCUUAGAGCAAAAUGUUGUCACCUCAUAGGAUUGGGAUGUAUGGGUGUGGCCACUGUUGCAAAACCUGCUACUGUUCCUUGGAAUACUGUCUCCUUCCCUAGUUUUUGUGCUGCUGAUGCUGGAUUCUGCGCUGUGUGGUCUGACAGCAAAGCUGAAUUCCCAGAUACUCUCUGAUGGAAGAGUAACGAGCCUUCAGCCAACAGAGGGAGCAUUCAGUCGCUCUGCCGAACCAGUGCAAGCACACAAAGUGCAGGAGGCUUUAUUUCAGUUCGUUAGUGCCACAUUUGUGCAUCUUAAUUUGGAGUUCUCAAUGUCAAGUGGGAAUCUGAAAUCAGUAAAUACUGAGGGAAGAAAUCCUUCCUUUUAAUAUCUUUUCCUUCACUACUUACAUUCUUAAUUUUCUUCUUAGAAUGAAGAGGAGCAGUUUACAACAUGUUUUCUUUAACUGAGAUAAUCCUUACGUGUACUUUUUGCGAUUUAUUUUACCAUUGACUGAUGUGACACUGCUGAGAAUUAAAAAUAGAGUGUUUUUACAUAAACCGUUAUUUUCCAGUAACAUCCGCAGUGGUGGGCAGUGUUGUGGGCAGCACGGGCUCAAGUUGGGUUUGAUUGAAGAUGAUCCCGUGCCCUCAGGUUAAACAUGACAGAAUUGCUGCUGUGUCUGUAGUCAACCAGCAGAGCCUUGUUUUGUGCGAGAAGCAAACUUAUGUGUGAAAGCGUUCUUUGAGCAGAUGAUGAUGAGGGUGAUGAUGAUGAUGAUGUCUCUACAUGCACGUCAGGUUUUGGUUGUCAUUAAAAAUGUCCUAGUGGUCACUCCAGAACUUGGGAAUUCCCAGGAUUUUAUGCAAUCCGGCAACUGCUUCUGCUUUCUCUUUGGUGUUCCCUUCUUUUGGCCUGUAUGAACCCCUAAGAGGGAAGAAGGCCUGGUAAGGAUGGUCAGUUUGUGUUUCACCUCUGGAACCUUAAAGGAGGAUGCAUCAGCUUCUAGAAUGCUGUGCAGCUGAUCUCCGCAGGCGGAACUCCCAACCACCUUAUUUUCAUUUCAGAUCUAGAGGGUCAGAGAAAAUGCUGGUGUUGUGUUCAUCCGGCAUGGGGAGUAAACGGUUGUGCUUGUUUCCAGCUUCACUGAAGUGGUGGCAACUGAGAGAGCUGUGGAAGGUCAAAACCCUGAGGACUGCGGGGAAAAUUAUUUAGAUAAUAAGCGCAGGAAUUUUUGCAUGAGACAGGUCUCUGGAAAAGGUGACUUUGUGGAUUUAGUCCAGAUGUUGUUAUUUAGGACUGUGCUAACCGUGCUGUCCUGACUGGGAAGAAGAGGCACAAACAACUUUGAGGCACAAUGUGAAAAAACAAAGAGUAACACUCUUGUUAAAAAAUUGCCAGUGGCAAUGACUGAAAGAAAAGUCCCUGUUGCUCUGGAUUGAGCACAGCGGUUUGAGGAGGUAGUGUAACUCGAUGACUUGUUCCUGUCAGUAUCCCCACUCCGUGGUCUUCAAACAACAGUGCUCAUGCUCUGUUCUUGCCAUCACCAGCAGAAUUUCGGGCAGUAAUGGUGAUGCUUAAGCCACCAUAAUUUUUAGCACAGUUCCAUGACUUGGAAUUGGAUUUCAAGCGACUUCAGGCUCAUGGAGGGAAGGAGAGUAGUAGAAGACUGAGUUACGUUUUGACCCUGUUUGUCGUCCUCCUAUACUCCCCUCUUUGUGUAACCUCCAGAGUGGUAGGGAACUAUGGGAAUCUGGAUGUUUUAUCCAAGGGCUAAUUUGUUGUUAUUUUGUAUAACUGCUUGCUUUCAAUAAUACAUCUCUUUUGGUUUGAAGUAAAUUAUUUUGCUUCUUAAAUAACUUUUUUAAAGAAUAAACUUUAAAUUCCUUGGUUGUUUCUUUUGUGGCAGGUAUCUGGGCACGGGAUCCACAACUGGCUUACACAAAGCUUUGGCACAGAUUUAUUCCGUUUGUCACUGCUGUAAGGUGACACGAACAGCUGUAUCGUGUUUGUUCAUCAUAGUACGAAUGUGCAGUGAGAGUGGCUUUGAGCUGUACCACGGGCUUGUGCCAGAAUCCGGUUCUAAUGACUUCACCAGCCUUCACCGUGUCACCCUGCGUUAGUGCCGAGUCUCUGUGUUUUACUGGGGUCCCUCAUAGUAGUUUUGCUGACUUUGACCUUGCUAAGUAAAAAAGGAGGGGAACUUUCUUUGCCAGUUAUUCCAAGAGUGACAUCAGCUAUACACUCAUUGCUGUGUCCAAAUUGUAUUCUCUGUUAGGUUUUUUGGUUGCUUAGUUGAGCCUUCUAAACCACAUCCCUGUUGGCUCUCCUGCGGUCAGGGCAGUGCUGUUGGACCGUGCAAUCGCAGUGCAUCCCGUGUGUUUCUGCCAAGACAUGGUGUCAGGGCUCUGGAACCCCAAGUCCAAUCUCUGUUUUCUGUGCAAGGAGCUCCGAGUAACAGGGGCGUAAAGCCCCUCACACCGUGGGGCUGUGGGAGUCACUGCCUGUUCCAAAGGGAGAUGGGUGCUUAAAAGCGAGGGUGUUCUUGGUGUUCUGGGGAAGCUCUCCUCCAGUGCGAUGGUUGCCAGUCACUGUCCCUACGAACAAGCUCACACCUGAAGGACUGCUUGACUUGUGUACUGAAUGGGAGCUGAUUUUAAGAAUCAUAGAAGAGUUU